AUGCUCCUCUCCAUAGUGCGGGCUCUAUCGAGGUACAGGCCGCCAGGCAUAUAUUGGAUAAGGUGCAUUCAAGAAGGGCUCCCUGUCGGUCCUGGCGAUGAUUAUUUGUUCCAUGCGGGUGAGAUACACGGGCACAAUGUCGUGAUCGCAGCGUUUGCUGCCGGUCAGCCGUAUGGCACCAACUCUGCAACAUCACUCGCAAGCCAUGUGAAGAAGUUCUUCCCGAACCUGUGGUUUGGUCUUCUCGUGGGUGUUUCUACGGGUCUCCCGAAUUUCUCAUGUUCACCUCCGCGUGAUAUCCGAUUAAGCAAUGUCAUUGUAGCUUGGUCUCCUCCGGGUGGAGAUUAUCCAGCAAUUAUACCUUACGGACUAGGCAAGCAGAAGGGAGACGUUGGCUUAAGUUGCUGCGCAAUGGACAUUCCCUGCCUCAGACAGGACGCAUUGUGGGCUCCGCAAUUGGUAAGAUCAAGGCGGAAAAGGGAUGCGCAGGUAAUAGAGGGCUACUAUAGGGAUAUAGCAGACACGGCGCGAAAGUUUCCAGAUCGGGGGCAAGAAAAUGACUUGCUUUACCUCCCUGGCGAGAAUCUACCAGUUUUACGACAACACCGGCCGGACGCAGAACGCACGCGUGUGUGGUACGGAUCAAUCGGGUCUGGCGACAAGCUGCUCAAAAGUAGCAGAGACCGGGAUGAAAUCAGCGACAAAUACAAUGUGAUUGGCCUAGAGAUGGAGGCUGCAGGUGUCCUGAACGUAAUCCCGGUGGGAGUCAUUCGAGGCGUCUGUGAUUACGGCACGAGCAAAAAAAAAAAAAAAAAAAAAAAAGUAAAGACUGGCAGCCCUAUGCAGCGCCUGCGAGAUUCGUUAGCCACUGAUCCAGAAACUGAGCUACGACACAUUGAGGCCACAAAGGGCGGUCUACUGGAUAGCUCGUUUCGAUGGGUCUUGGAAAAUGCUGAGUUUCAGAAAUGGCAUAGCAGCCCCCCAGAGCCAGUUGCUUUGGAUCAAGGGAGAUGCUGGCAAGGGCAAGACUAUGCUUAUGAUUGGGAUCAUGAGCUUGUACGGCAAGUUCAGUCAGAGCCAUUGCAAUCGAUAGCCUACUGCCUGUGCCAAAUAGGCCUUAAAAAAAAAUCAAAGACCAAUAAAUUCUGA